CUGCGAGACUUUGAAUCUCCAAAAUUUUGUCCGGACCAAAGAGCGUCAUCCGAUGAGGGGGGAUCGCCGCCCGGAGAUGCUCGGGUCAAGAGCGGAGUCCUACACUUGGAUGAACCGUGGGAGGAGAGAGCGCCGCGAGGUUGUCAUGUAGCUGUCUCCUCUGGGGGCCACAUCUCGGUUUGUGCUGCUUCCUGCCUCAGGUAGAAGCCUCCGUGUUUCUGCUGCCGUGGCUUCAGGGGCUGCUCUCUCUCUCUCUCCCUCCCUCCCUCUCUCUCUCUCUCUCUCUCUCUCCUCUCUGCUCCCUCCAGCUGAGCAGGCAAAACAUCCUCUGCUCCAGGCACGAAAAUGGAGAAGAUCUGCUCAGAGUGCACAGAGCCGACACUUGCACAAAGUCUGUGUACGCUGUGCAACAAGUGGCUGUGCUACCAGUGCACCGACGUGCACCAGCACCAGAGAGUCUCCUCCCAGUAUGCAGAUUCGUUCCAGCAGCAGCAGCAGCAGCAGCAGCAGCAGCAGAGGCCCAGUGCCGCCCAGUGUCCUGACCUGCACCAGAGAAGCUCCGGCUCACUGCCUCCUACUGGACAAGGCCCCGGGUCGUAUCCUUGCUCCCUCCUCAUGUGCCACGCUCACCGACAGGAGCCCUUGGAACUUUUUUGUGAGUCAUGUGACCUUUUGUGCUGCAGCAGCUGUCACCUGUCCUCCCACAAAAACCACAGGGUGGUGCAGAUUGGCAAGGCCCUGCAGGAUCAGCAGUGGCUGUUUGAAAACCUGAUGAUGCAAGUGGAAGAGAGGCGGUCUUCGGUGGAAAACAGUGCAAAGCAAAUAGAAGACAGGCUGCAUGGAGUAAAGAUUGCACACAGGAAGGCAGAGAACCAGAUUAAAAUGGCAAAGAUGAUUAUGAUGAACGAGCUUAACAAACGAGCCAACCUAUUAAUAGAGCAACUGGAGAUUUCAGAGGAGUUUCAGCAGCGUCUGGAGGACCAGCUGCAGGGGGCAAUAGAGAUCUGUGGCCAGCUGGACCACAUUCAGAAGUUCAUCACCAGGGCCACGACCCAUCACUGCAGAGGCCCGGUGCUCUUCAGCAGGGCUCUGAUUUCCCUUCAGAUGCAGCAGCUGCUGGAGGCGUCCCUCCAGGCAGACUCCUGGAGUCCCGUCAAGAUCAAAUUCAACUGGGAUGCAAGUUACUGGACCAAGCAGAUUUCCUCUUUCGGUCAGCUAACUGUUGAGGGGGGAAAUUGCUCCUAUCCUCCAGGAUUGCCCUGUCCCAGCAUUUUAAGGCCACAGCCCGUCGCCUGUUUGGCUCCGCCCGCCAUGUUUCACCGAGGCCGAGAGCCAGGCUGUGGCUACCAGGCCUGCUGCGAGCCUCAGAUGUGUUGCCUGCACGGCAUUCCCCCUCAGCCGGAGAUGGCCACUCUGGACAAAAGCCAGAUGGAAAGCACUCUGUUUAACUCCAGCUGUACUCAGCCUGCUCACUUCUCCGCUUCGCUGCACCAGAAUCAGCAGCUCCAGAGGUUUUGGGACACAGAGAGCUCCCUGCAGUUCCCUCCUCCUACAUCUCCUCUCCCAGGACCAAUCCAGCUGAGCUGCAGCCAAGGAUCCGCAUCGCAAGAUCCUCAGCCUGUAACUUAUGUCUCCUGUCACCAACUUCAGAGAGAAAUACCCCCAGACAGCCAGACUCAUCUCAGCGCUGACCGCAGCGGUCCCGAAAAGUGUAAGGGCAGGUUGUCCACGAGCCCGGCUCUGCAGCGAGAGGCCAGCCACAACGCGAGGGACAAAGAUGCGACGACGGGGAAGACAUGGGAGGAGAGGCGUAGAGGGGAGAAGACCUGCGAACAGACGUCAGAAGAUGAGAGCAGAGAGCUUCUGGAUGAGGAGCUGGAGGCAGACAGAAGGGAUCAGAGUCCGGUCCAGCAGCUGCAGCUUCAGGCUUGUUUAGCUGUGGACCAGCAGAGGACAAGACCUGCUCUCACGCUCAGAGUGCAUCGAGACAGCAAGAGGUCCACGUCCCUGGAGGCGUCCGCCAGGGCCCACGAGCGUGCAUCUGAUGUACAGAGCAGCAGGCUCAGCCCCGGUUCGGUGUGCGCGACGAGGAAGAGGCGCUCCCGGAGCAUCCCAACAGAACUGGCGGGCCCGCCCUGCAGCCGUCACGCUGAAAAGCCGCCUGCAGGAUGCACGAACGGCCAGCAGUGUGAUAUCCUGGAUCUAAAACAAAGGAGAGCUUCAGAUGGAGCACUUUGUAUCGUCAAUGAGUCUGACUCUACCCAGACCGAAAGGUUGUCUCCCUCACUGCCAUAUAAGACAGAACCAGAUCACCCAACUGCUUUUGUAUACGAAGAGAUUGGUCAAGGAGCCCAGGAGACGCACAGACUGCCAAGAAACAGCAUCAGCAGUAACGGAGAAGCCCUGAAGGACUCGGGGAGGUCCAGGGUUCCAGUGGUUUGCCUGGAGCGGCUCAAAAUACUCGUGUCGCAGCUCCCCCCACACGGACGAAGACAAAGCGACCCUUUGCCCGCCAGCGAGACAGACAAGAGCGAAGGCCUUCCCCUGCACAGCACGUGGCACCCGGUAAUGCAUCUGGGAACAGCCGGGGGGUCUGACACCAGAAGGACCCACCGCUCUCUCACGGUGCGACCCGCUCGCAGCCCGUCUGCCACCUACUCUGACACCUGUGACUUUAGCAGCAACAACAGCAGGAGACUUGGCUCCCACACAGCAUCCACGCAGCUUCCCACUGACUCCAAAUGUGCGGCAGAAAGUUACUCUGCGCUCGAUCUGGAUUCUGACUCAGAUCCCAGGUCAGUUUCGGAGGACGUCGUCUGUUAUCAGACUGGUCCAGGCCUUCCGUCAAACUCGGACGGAUCACUGGAUUCUGAUCCAAACGCAGCAUCUUCCUCUGAGGCUGAGUUUGAGCUUGUUGCUGGAAGAGAAUCGGCAGGUUCAGGUGAGCUUAGGCAGUGUGGGGAUUCAGAACCGAGCCUUGAGUAUGAGGCGGAGCCAGACACGGAUGCCGGAGCAGGGUCAGACGACGCUCAAGGGCUGGAUGCCGAUGCAGAAUCAGGGGAUGCUGAAACCGAGUCUGACACCCAGCCUGAAUACGAUCCCAGCUUUCAGGCCGAAACCGACUCGGACGCUAUAUCCGGCCAGCCUCCACAUUCUCAGGGCUCCGUGGAGUCCGAUCUCGACUUGGAGUCGGAACCCGAGCCGACAACCGAUGACCCCCAGCCGCUUCGUUCCGACCUGGAGGAGGAACCGCAGAUGGGUCCAGGUCCGAGGCAGCUCCUGAUUGCAAACCCUGCAGCUCACAGGGACACAGAGGAGAUUCAGACAGAGCAGGACGUGGACGAGAUGGAGAGCGAGGACUUCUGUGCUGUCUGUCUGAUCGGAGGGGAGCUGCUGUGCUGUGAUCGCUGUCCUAAAGUCUUUCACUUAUCAUGCCAUGUUCCGCCUCUGCUCAGCUUCCCCACCGGGGAUUGGGUGUGCAGCGUUUGCAGAGAUGCGUUGCAGCCUGAAGUUGAAUACGACUGUGAGAAUGAGAGAUCAUCUGGAGCAAGCACUGCGCAUGGACUGUCUUCUUGCGAUCAGAGAAAAUGUGAGCGGCUGGCGCUGCUCAUUCUCAGCAACAUCUUGAGCGCUCCUUUCCACGAACCCGUCAGUCCACUUGCACGUCAUUACUACCAGAUCAUCAAGAGGCCGAUGGAUCUGUCUGUGAUCAGAGCAAGGCUUGAUAAGCGGAGUCUCAGACAUUACAGCUCCCCGGACCAGUUCGUUGCCGACGUCUAUCUCAUGUUCCGCAACUGUGCGAAGUUUAAUUACCCCGACUCUGAGGUGGCCCAAGCAGGUCGCAGCCUUGAGGCAUUCUUCACGUCAAAGCUGAAAGACGUUUUCCCAGACAGAGAUUUCCCCAUGGCUGAGGUCGACUCUGACAGCGAUGAGUACGACGAGGCAUGCAGGACCGCCGAUGGCGGCUUCCUCUGGCCAGAGAGGAGGGAGCAGUGUCACAGGAAGAGGAAGAGGAGGCAGUCACUCAAGUCCAGGAGGCAUCACUUCUAGCUAAAUGGAGAUGGGAAAGAAACUGUACUCACACUUUUUUUUUAUUAUAAAUUGAUGAUUUUUAAGUGGCAGCCUAUGGAGGGACAAGAGAGAUUUUAUUCAUCCUUAGACGACCGAUGUUGUAGUUUGUUGUAAAAUGUCAGUUUUGCCAUCUGAUGGCAGCAGAAUAUGUUUUCUUUAGUUAUUCUUCCUGCAGGCAGCUAAUCAAAGGAGCUGAACGUGUAAAAACUAGUUUUGGUGGCAGAGAGUAUGCAGCAGAGUUUAUGGAGUUCCUCAUGUAGCCAUAAGAAAGUUCACUGUAUUUCUGUAAGAGGUUUUUUUUUUUUUUUUUUUAUCAUAUCACAUUAUAACCCUCUGAUGCACUGCACUGCUUAAUGCUUUAUCUAUUUACACGUAGACAUGUAAACAUGCACGCUUUCUGCUCUAUGCUGUAUUGUACAGACGAGAUGCUGUAGCCGGAUGUUUUUGGAACCUUGUAUUAUGUGGACUUCUUUUUUUUUUUUUUAAAAGUGCCAUUGGUUCUCAAUAUAAACAAACCGUUAAAAUGUUAGAGCUGGUAAAGUCUGUAACCUUUUCACUCGUAUAUGUUCAGCAUAUUAUACAUGUUUUGCCUGCACAAUUCUCCUGUUGUUUCCCGCUGCAAAAAGAAACAACUUUGGUUUCUUCUUGACACAAUUUGGGUUCUGGUAUGUCAUUCAAAAAGCAGCUGAACAUCAUCUUUUAUUUUGUCCUUUUCACCAGAGAGAAUUAGGAGGUGACAGACUGUGAGCACUAGACCUUCGGAUAAAGCUAUAAGGAUAAGAAAUAUAUUGACAUAGGAUUUUAUGUGUUAAAAAAGAGAUUUACAUUGAAUCAUGAGUAUGUAAAAUAAGAGCCAUUGAUGCUCUACAAAAACUUGUAAAUCCUUCCUAUUUAUAUAACUCAGGCGGAAUAAGAAAGUAUGCCCUAGAUGUUAUUCAUUGCUCUUAAAAAUGUCAGUGUUCCUUGUACAGUCAAUGCUGUUUUUAAAAGGAAAUAUGUAGAUUUAUAACACCUCAGAUCAUUUCCUGUUUACAGAUACUUUAUGCUACUGCAGCUUACACUAGACAUUGCCUGAAUCUUAACCAUGUCAUAGAUGAAUGUACAAUAUAUGUCAUUAAAUGUAGUACUUACUUUUGUUUUGAAGAAGAAUAACCAACUUUCCUUACAUCCUCUCUUUGAGUUAUAAAAUAAACAGACACAAUAUACUAGCUUGUUGAAAUAUA